AGGAUCCAGCCACCGCAUUCUUACGUCAAAAUGUGUCACGGAAAGGCUGGGCGAGCCAGUUAACUGUUACUGCAGAGAUGAACGAGACUAAGAAAUAGAGGACAUAUGGUUCGAAAUUGAAAGCAAUACGCCGUGCUUUCAGCUAAAGUUACCCAUGGAUCGUCACCGUGGUUCGUAGAAAUAAGGUGGAAGGUGGUGGCGAGCGUAAAAAAAAGACCAGAGAGGAAGACCGAAGCGAUCGAUCAGCUCGGCGUCAGCAGAAGCCGGCGGCUUGGAGACCACGCCCCCCCCUCCCCCCACCUCCCCAUCCCAGGUGAGCGGGGGCUUGUGAGGACAGAACGCGGCUGCCAGAACCCCGAGAGAGAGAGAGGAGGAAGAGGCCAAAGGGAAAAGGGGCGCAAAGACGUCAACUGAAACUCCGCCCCCUCGUCCCCGGCCCCGCCCCCCACCAUGUCCGCCCGAGAGCGCGGCAGCCCGCGGAACCGGCCGUGGUCGGUGUACCGCGCCAACACCUUCGACCUCUCCUCCGAGAUGCUGGGCCUCAGCCUCGCAGGAAACAGCCAGGAUCCAGACGAACCCGUUCUGGAGUUUAGCCUAGCCUGCAGCGAGCUGGUCACCCCGGCACUGGACCGCAAGCCCAACAGUUUUGUUUCUGUCAGCUGCACCACUCCUCCCCAGGCCUUCUGGACCAAGCACGCCCAGACGGAGAUCAUAGAGGGCACCAGUAACCCCAUCUUCCUGAGCAGCAUUGCCUUCUUCCAGGACUCGCUCAUCACCCAGCAGACGCAGGUCAAGCUCUCUGUGUACGACGUCAAAGACCGCUCUCAGGGCACGAUGUACUUGCUGGGCUCGGCCAUGUUCCCUGUUAAGGAGCUACUGCAAGACAAGCACCACAGGUUGCACCUGGCACUCAGGUCGGCGGAGCAGGAGCGCGUGGGCAACGUCACCAUCAUCGCCUGGCAGGUGGAGGAGAAGAGGGACCAGCGGGCCUCUGGGGCCCGGAUGCCAGACACCAUCAACGGCAGGAUGGUCCUCCCUGUGGACGAGAGCCUGACGGAAUCGCUGGGGAUCCGGGGGAAGCACGCGUCCCUGUGCAAGGACACCUUACUGAAAUCAGUGUUUGGGGGCACCAUGUCCCGGAUGUACCGCUUCCCCACCACGGACGGGAACCACCUGCGCGUGCUGGAGCAGAUGGCCGAGAGCGUGCUGUCGCUCAACGUCCCGCGGCAGUUCGUAAAGCUGCUGCUGGAGGAGGACGCUGCCAGGGUGUGUCAGCUGGAGGAGCUGGGCGAGCUCUCUCCCUGCUGGGAGAAUCUUCGGCGUCAGAUCGUCACGCAGUACCAGACCAUCAUCCUCACCUACCAGGAAACCCUGACAGACCUCCACGAGUACAAGGGUCCCUCCUUCAAGGCCAGUAAUUUGAAAGCGGAGAGGAAGGUGGAGUUCAUGCCGACCAACCUGCACGUUGAAAGAGAGAAACGUUCAGGUGAAUCUGGCUCUAAUCACACGUAUGACGUGGUGACCAUCGGGGCUCCCGCCGCCCACUGCCAGGGGUUCAAGAGCAGCGGCCUGCGCAAGCUGAUCCACAAGUUCGAGGAGGCCAAGAAACACGUUUAUGAGGAGGAGUGCAGCGCCGUCUCCAGCUCCCAGUCCAUCGUGUACGUCCCUCAGGACAUCGUCCGCGCCAAGGAGAUCAUCGCGCACAUCAACACGCUGAAGACGCAGGUCAGCUACUACGCCGAGCGGCUGUCCCGCGCCGCCAAGGAGCGGUCUGCCAACGGCCUGGAGAGGACCCUCGCCAUCCUGACCGAGAAGACGCGGCAGCUGGUGAUGGUGUGCGACUGCAAGCUGCUGGUGUCGGCCAUCCAGGCGCUGGGCGCCGCCCGGCCCGAAUACGUGGCCUCCAGAGCGUCGUCGUGCGCCCCCGAGACCGACCAGGUGGUCCUGCGCAACGACCAGGACACGCUGCUCGCCAAGUGGGCCGGCCGCAACAGCCGCGCCUCCCUGCACCUCCCCUGGCAGGAGGAGGAGUGGGAGAAGGUGUGGCUGAACGUGGAUAAGAGCCUGGAGUGCAUCGUGCAGCGCGUGGACAAGCUGCUGCAGCGGGACCGCCUCCACAGCGACAGCAGCGAGGACGUCUUCCUCACCGACCAGCAGGGCGGCGCCAGCAAGAAAGGUAACCGGAGGACCCGCGCCUUCUGGAUCAACCCGGAGAGCAUGGACGAGCCCGCCCCGCCCACCCCACCUCCGCCGCGGCCAUCCUCACUAUUUCCUUCAUCACCAUCACCAUCGUCAUCAUCGCCAUCAACCUCCCUGCCUGCCCCGACCCCUGCAUGCCAGCACGCGUCUCACAGAAACUCCUAUGACAGCGCCAGUGCCGAGGAUGUCUCCCCAGGUGAGUGGAGUGAGGCUCUGUACCCGCUGCUCACCACGCUCACCGAGUGUGUGGCCAUGAUGAGCGACAAGGCCAAGAAGUCCAUGGUGUUCCUGCUCAUGCAGGACAGCGCCCCCACCAUCGCCAUGUACCUCACCCUGCAGUACCGCCGAGACGUGGUCUUCUGCCAGACGCUGACAGCGCUGAUCUGUGGUUUCACCAUCAAACUGAGGAACUGUCUCCAUGACAACGGAUUUCUGAGACAGCUCUAUACCAUCGGCCUUCUGGCACAGUUUGAGAGUCUGCUGAGCACCUACGGAGAGGAGCUGUCCAUGCUGGAGGACAUGAGCGUGGGCGUCAUGGACCUGAGGAACGUGACCUUCAAAGUGACACAGGCCACCUCUAGCUCCGCCCCCGACAUGCUGCCCGUCAUCACCGGCAACCGGGACGGCUUCAACGUGCGCGUCCCGUUGCCGGGCAACAUGUUCGACGCGUUGCCGCGGGAGAUCCAGAACGGCAUGCUGCUGCGCGUGCAGCCCGUGUUGUUCAGCGUCGGCAUCAACGAGCAGCAGACGCUGGCCGAGAAGUUUGGAGACACGUCACUGCAGGAGGUUGUGAACAUGGAGAGCUUGGCUCGGCUGAACUCGUACUUCGAGCAGUUCAAAGAAGUCCUGCCCGAAGACUGUCUCCCCGGGUCCCGCAGUCAGACCUGCCUGCCAGAGCUGCUCAAGUUCCUGGGGCAGAACGUCCACGCCCGCAAGAACAAGAACGUGGACAUCCUGUGGCAGGCCGCGGAGGUCUGCCGGAGGCUGAACGGGGUGCGGUUCACCAGCUGCAAGAGCGCCAAGGACCGCACGGCCAUGUCGGUGACGCUGGAGCAGAGCCUGAUCCUGCAGCACGAGCACGGCAUGGCCCCCCAGGUCUUCUCCCAGGCCCUCGACUGCAUGCGCAGCGAGGGCUGUCGGCGGGAGAACACCAUGAAGAACGUCGGAUGCCGCAAGUACGCUUUCAACUCCCUGCAGCUGAAGGCCUUCCCCAGGCAUUACAGGCCCCCGGAAGGGACUUUCGGCAAAGUGGAGACCUGAUUGGACAGUCAGCCUCCGGACCCAACCAAUGGUGGCAGGAGGGGAAAAAAGAAAAAAGAAAAAAACAACACGAUAAAAGGAAACAAAAUGCCCCAGUGCAAAAGCACCCUUAAUGUGAUAGAAGUGACAGGUUCUGUGAUAGAUAUGCAUCCUUAAUUCUGACAUCCAUGCAGACUCUUGAAAUGUGUAUAUAUAUAUAUAUAUAUAUAUAUAUAUAUAUAUGAAAUACAAACACGCCAGUAACAUUAGUUCAAACCAAAGGAAUAUCUGCUUCAGAUCCCCCCCCCCCCCAUCGUCACUACCUAACUGUAGAUAGAGCAUGCUUCUCUCUCACGCACAGGCACAGGCACAGAGGAACAACAGUCAAAAGUUUGGUCAGACUCAUGUGCAUCGAUGGCAGGCAUCACACAGUCACUGUUGUACGUCUUGCUCUGAGCUGGACGGCUAACCCUAUUGGUGCAGUGGAGGAGGGAAACGAGACACGCAAAUGGGUAUCGCUACGGCAACUGCUCUACUGCCGCGGAAAGGGGCGGACUGGUUUGCCCGUCUCUCCCCCGACUGUGCUUUGGCGGUCGUGGUGGCUUCGACAGCUCAGACAGAUACAGCGGCGUUGACAGCUGUGUUGCAGGCACCAGGGUUGUUGUUUUUUUUCUGCUGCUGUGGAGGAUCCUUGAGACUCUGAGCCAACCAGUGUGGCCACAGGCACAGCCUGGCCGCUCAGGCGGCGAGCCAAUCAGAAGAGUGAAUGAGGUCGAGCCACAGAUUAGACACAAAACAGGGGUUUAGCCCCAACGUUCCUUCCGUCAGCUGUAAGUCCUCACUCUUGGUGGUUCCAACGCUCUCUGCACUGCAAUAGUAGAUACCAAUAUUCUGUCUUAAGUCAUGCCCUUUUAUGGAUAUUGACCAAGAGCCACCAAAUCAUAAUGUUUCGAGCUUCAGUGGUGGCAAGAGGCACAACUGUCAAUGUUAUUAAUACGGAACUGACCAUCUGGUGAAGAUAAGCAUCUGUGGUUGAACUCUGAAUGACCCUGCAUUAGUAUCCUUUCCUACAGGGUACAGAUUUGAGCUGCAAGUAUGGGUAUGGUGACUGCAAAUUAACCUUAAAAUAUCCAGUAGGACAGAUCUUCUGUAGACUCUUAUAAUACCAUGCUGUCCAUUCUCAAAGUUGGAAAUCUCUAUUCAGUGCUCCCAGUGGUCAGUUUAAAUCGUGACCACUGGUAUUGGCGGUCUGCAUAUACAGAUGAUAACGACUGAACACUUGAGAAGCCCCAGUGGUGAAGUGAGUACAGGUGGCACAGGCCCCGGUCCUGGCCCAGGAAGUCUUCAAGGUACCUCCACAGGGGACAGGCUGACCCAAGAACAGUCCUGGUGCGGUUAUCGUACGCUGCCCUUGAAAUUAAUAUCUGGCCUGUGGUGUCAGUCAAUAGUGAUACUGCACACGUCUCCACAGUAUCUACUGAAAUCCUCUUUCUGGUUUCGGUGUCCUGGCUUGACUCCCAGAUGCAAGAAUUAUGUCUCGACACAGACUGCAUAUUUGGAUUUUUUUGGUUUUCAGAGAUCAUUUCUCCAAAAAAAAAUUUUUUUAAUAUAAAAAAACACGUCCCCCUUGGCUUGCUGAGCUGGAGGUAGCGCCAUGGCCUUGUGCCAGUUGAAAUGUUCAGCUCCUGAAGAAUAAGGGCGAAUUGGCUGAGUGGGUCCCAGCCCGUUGGGUUCCGUGUGCCCUGGCCAAGUGCUGUACUCUUGGGUUGAGUCACAGCACACCUCUUAUGCCCUAUUUUUCCCCCCCAUCAUGCACUGCUGCUGCUACUGGUUUAGCCUAUCAGAGCCACCGCAGGAUCCGGCAGCUUCUGGAACCAAACGGCUGCAACUUCCAUUCUAAAGGCCGGCCGACCAAUCGGGUCUCUUCCAGCAUCUGUCGCUCUGGACGACGCCAACAUCCUGUUUGUGGCCCUUUGCAGAGUCCAGAGGACUGCCAGAAACAGGAAGGUGCUCAGGUGGGUUAGCCCUCCAUUCGACCCAUUGGCUCACCCUGCUGCUCGUUAACCUGAGCUGUAAGCACACUGGUAAAUCCUACCCAGAGUACACUGCACCCCCCCCCCCCCCAAAUGUGUCCAAAUAUUUCAUCUCUGGCAAAAAAAAACCUGUGAAGUACACCCAAAUUGAUAGCAGUCUGCACACAGGUUCAAACACAUUCUGAUCAUAUACAAAUGCAAUUCAGGUGACACUGUACAAUGGAUACGUGCGCAUGUUUUUAUUUUACAUAGAAAGAGCAAGGGGGGGGGGAGGGGAAGGGAUCUAUCAGGCUUGGAACAUAUUGUGAGUAUGUUGUCUUUCCAAAAUCACCAGCGCGGUUGCGGGUGAGACUUAGAAGGCCAUCGCAAUCCAGUCUCAUAUCAUACAAAAAUCCAUACGGUCCUGAGUAUCAGACCCCAAACUGGGAUAAGAGCGUCUUGCGUAAAUAUGCCUUAAGCAUAUCCUCGUCAGCCUGCAGCCACGUAGGCAAGCCUGCGUUUAGUACACAGCCCUCAGUGGAGCCGCAGUAACCCCCGUUUGAGAAGCGGCAGGCCGUGUGACCCCUCAUUUCAUUCUUAUUUGUCUGGAAGGGAAUAGAGCCCCCCAAAAUAAAGCCAAUGUGAAACUGCUCCGAUUGCGCUCUGUUUCUGAGCUCGUUUAGCAUUCAGGACACACUGACUACACCGUUGCCACGGGAUACUUCUACAGGGGCUUGCUUUCAAGCAGGAACACGCGCUGCUCAGAAACGGCCACACGCAGUACUGGACUCCCGGGGUCAAACGAAGGUCACGGUCAGCCUGCUAAAUGUUGCAAGGGAAAAGAUAGCAGCGUUGUUCGUUCCAACGGAAGACGACCGUGGUGGCGGCUGUUUGGGAUAUUCGUGUUGUGUUAGUUUUAGAAACAUAAAAGUACACAAGUCCCCUAGCUGUGGACUGUUUUAAUGACAUCGUAAAAUAGUUUAAAAGGACACCACCUCGGCUCAUUUUUACAAAAGGGAAGGAAUAACGAGGCUGCCGCUUUGAAUACAGCGUAAAUUACAUCGAGACUUCGGUAAAAUAUCCACAACGGGAGGCUAUUUUCACCUUAUGUAAGCGUAUCAAAACCACCGUUGUGUAUCCUAGCUAAGUACUGCCCAAACGUAUCUGUUCCCUCAGAAUGCACAUCCAGGUUUACACAGCUGUGGCACGGUCGUCCCACCAAAUUAAUUUGUGCUUAAAGUUCACUUUAAAGUAAAAUUUAAUUUACUAAUCUAAAUGUGAAAAGGAGCAGUGUUUUUGCCUUAGUAGGAACGGCUUUUUUUUUUUUUUUUUUUUCCUGUCUUUAAUAGAGUCGACUCAAGUCUAUAAAAAAAAAAAAAUAUGACUACUGCUUCAUUAGACUGAACCGGCAUUUAGAAUUAUAUUAUUGAUAUGGGAAUCUCAAGACUGAUGUAAUGGGGUCAUAACCUAUAGCAGGCAAAUGCUUUGAAAUACUCAGACGAUGAUCAGGUGAUAACUAUGUAUUUAUUCUCAAUGGGACAUUAAAAAGUGUCUUAACUUUAAAUGCAUGUAGCGCAGCUUCCCGUAUAAGUGUACUUUUAUACAGGGGUACCAAUGCGCUGCAUAAAGCAGAUCCUAUCAGUGACUGCAACCGUGGAAUGCAGUCUGUGUGGCAUCACUGUCUGCCAUUUCCCUUCACAUUUGUUUUUUGUAAAUAAUUGAAACCAUAUUUUUUUGUCAUUUUAGAUCACAUGUAUUUUUUUUGUUUGUUUGUUUUUGCUUUUUAUGUUUUUUUAUACAUGUGCACUGUUUUAAUUUAAUAAAUAUGACGUCACAUAUCUGACGCGGUAUAUGCACUGUAUGCGAUGUAUUUAUUUGUUCUGUGGAUUGUUGUACUCACGACAGGAUAGGAUAUCUCCCCUCACGCUCCCGUUUAUAACCAAGCUAUUAAAAACAUUCUGAGA